GACUUCCGGCAAGUCACCAGAUACCAAGGGGAGAAAGUGCUUGUGUUUAUUUUUUAUUUUUUUCAAAGUCUUCCGCGGUUCUCAAACUGGUGGAUCAAAAUACUCCCGGAUUGUCAGUUAAACAGUAUAUAACAAGGUGGCUUUUUAAUGUUCGUAAGUUUUGAGCCAGCAGUUGACCCACUGAUGACCAACUCGCUAACGUUAGCCAACGGAGCUAACCGGCUAGCUUGCUCAGCUGACGCCUGAUCAUCCGUAGACAGAAACGCAGAACUCUGACGGUUAAUACCGGACAGUUCACCAGUAAGACCACCCGGGCGAGCACUGUAACGUUUCUUCUGUGGCCGUUAAGAAGAAAACACCCCUUUCAUGUGAGCGCCGGGGCUUGUUUCGAUAUUUUAAUGGGAGGCGCCUUGCUUUGGAGUGGACAUUGCGGACGUCACUUGCGGAAAAAGCGGGGAUCCUGGCUACCUGUCGGGCUCAGAUGGAGUCUCUGGCAGGGUACGUGUACAAGGCAGCCAGCGAGGGUCGAGUCCUGACCCUGGCCGCACUGCUUCUCAACCACUCUGAGGAGGAGACCCAGUACCUGCUGAGCUAUGUCACCCAACUCUCCGGGCAAAGGUCCACUCCUCUGAUCAUCGCAGCCCGGAAUGGCCACGACAAAGUGGUCCGGCUGCUCCUGGACCACUACAGAGUGGACACCGAACAGACUGGCACGGUCCGCUUUGACGGCUAUGUCAUUGACGGGGCCACGGCUCUGUGGUGUGCUGCAGGAGCUGGACACUUUGAGGUGGUGCGUCUGCUAGUAAGUCAUCAUGCCAAUGUUAACCACACUACCAUCACCAACUCCACUCCUCUGCGGGCCGCCUGCUUCGAUGGGCGCCUGGAUAUCGUCCGCUACCUGGUGGAAAACAAGGCUGACAUCAGCAUCACAAAUAAAUACAACAACACCUGUCUGAUGAUCGCAGCCUAUAAGGGCCACACAGAUGUUGUAAAGUUUCUGCUGGAGCAGGGAGCGAACCUUAAUGCCAAGGCUCACUGUGGAGCCACUGCCCUUCACUUUGCUGCAGAGGCAGGACAUCUUGACAUUGUCAAACAGCUUGUGAGCAGCAAGGCUGCCAUGGUGGUGAACGGACAUGGAAUGACUCCACUGAAGGUGGCAGCAGAAAGUUGUAAAGCCGAUGUGGUGGAGCUGCUGCUGCAGCACAAUGAUUGUGAUCCACAUAGCCGUAUUGAGGCUUUGGAGUUGCUCGGUGCAUCAUUUGCUAACGACCGGGAAAAUUAUGACAUCCAGAAAACUUACCAAUAUCUGCACAUGGCCAUGACGGAGCGCUAUCAAGACUCAGAGAACGUCAUCGCCAAGGAGCUGCUCCCACCCAUCGAAGCAUAUGGAAGACGCAGUGAGUGCAGAACACUGGAAGAGCUGGAGGCCAUCCGAGUUGACCGAGACGCCCUUCACAUGGAAGGGCUAAUGAUACGAGAGCGCAUUCUGGGCUCCGACAAUAUUGAUGUAUCACAUCCCAUCAUAUAUCGCGGUGCUGUUUAUGCCGACAACAUGGAGUUUGAACAGUGCAUCAAACUCUGGCUUCAUGCGCUUCGCCUGCGGCAGAAGGGUAACCGAAACACACACAAGGACCUGUUGCGUUUUGCUCAAGUGUUCUCGCAGAUGGUCCACCUGAAGGAGCAGGUGUUGGCCUCAGCUGUCGAGCAGGUGCUGAGCUGCAGCGUGUUGGAGAUUCAGCGCAGCACAACUCGAGUAGAGACGGCGUCUGAUGCUGAACUGCCACAGGCCAUGGACAAUUAUGAAUCCAACGUUUUCACCUUCCUUUACUUGGCCUGUAUCUCCACUAAAACUACCUGCAGCGAUGAAGACCGUGCCCGUAUUAACAAACACAUCUACAACCUGAUCCAGCUAGACCCGCGCUCACGUGAAGGCUCCUCGCUGCUUCACCUGGCCAUCAGCUCCAGCACGCCAGUCGAUGACUUCCACACUAACGACGUGUGCAGCUUCCCCAACGCCCAGGUCACCAAGCUGCUGCUGGACUGCGGAGCACAGGUCAACGCUGUCGAUCAUGAGGGCAACACCCCCCUGCACGUCAUCGUCCAGUACAACCGGCCAAUCAGUGACUUCCUGACAUUGCACGCCAUCAUUAUCAAUCUGGUGGAGGCCGGUGCCCACACGGACAUGACCAAUAAGCAGAAGAAGACUCCGCUGGACAAAAGCACCACUGGUGUGUCUGAGAUCCUGCUGAAGACGCAGAUGAAGAUGAGCCUCAAAUGCCUGGCAGCACGCGCAGUCCGACAGCACCAGAUCACCUACCGCAACCAGAUCCCCAAAACGCUGGAGGAGUUUGUGGAGUUCCACUGAAAUGAGUGAAAGACAUGAUCCAAGGAUAGACUGUUGUUGUUUUUAAAGAUUUCUUAUAAUUUUCUAACAAAUCAAACGGUGCUGAGGAGGAAGGUGUGCAGUACUACAACUUUUUGAACAUUUUUAUAAAAAUGUGGGUUGCUUUUUUCUAUUUUAAGUAUUAAUUGCUAAUUACCAGCACCCACCGUUGGCCGUCCGUCUGUCUCUGUCUGUUUGCAUUUUUGUGUCUGAUUGUUGCUACAAAAUAUUCAGAGGAAACGUCAGCUUUUGGCUCAAACAGCAGCUCAGCUCAGUCAGACGCACAGAGAGAGGACAGCGGAGAUGCUGCUUCUUGAUUUGCCUUAGCUCCGUGUCAGCUAGCUGUCAUGAACACCAUGUAACUGUGGGUCUACAGUUCGUGUGAGCGAGUGAAUGCAGUGGAAGGAGGAGAAUGAAUGAGUGCCUAUGAGAAGAUAUCCGUUCCAUGCUUUUAUCCCACAGAUUAUUUGAAGUUUUUUUUUUUUUCUUUACUGCAACAACACCAGUGGAAUAGGAAAGAACGGAGGUAGACGAGGGUCAUAGGACAGACUGCUGGACAGAAGUUACACCAAUAAACACUUGGUGUACUUGGAAAAUUGAUUGUGUACACUAUAAAGCCAAAAAAAGGGAUUCACCAGUUUUUAGAUUUUGGACAAAUGCAGAUAUAUUUUGAUUUUAGUAUGAACUUAUUUUAGUCUUAUAUCUUUGAACCCUGUCAGCCCUACUGUCUUCCAACGAGCUAAAACUCAGUCGUCAAAUUUAUGAACUGACCUUUAAAGAAAUACAGUAGAUAAACAUUAAACACUGCCAUCAGUAAAUGUCAUCUCAUUUGUCCGUAGCUAGAUAGAUCAAUAAAAUCAAUAUUGGACUGUGACAUACAGUCAGUAUCAACAGAUCUCUAGCAAAAAGUAAGUGGACGUUGUUGUAGAAUUGUUUAUCUGGGUCUGUAUUUAUGAUUUUGAUUAAAUAAUUUUGUUGACUUUAAUAAAACAGUAAAUAGUCAUAUUUUAGAUCAUUGUUUCCAGAAUGUGGACUUACUUUCCACCAACUCAAAGCUUUUAUUAGUUCAGGGUCAGUAUCAGGGCUGGUUCUAACUUGGUUCAAUUUGCAAACCUCCUAAGAACCAGUUUUUCUGCACCAUAAAGUCACGUCACUGUGUGUUUCCACGUUCUUAGCAAGUUCACAUUUGUACUGAAGCUCCAGGGUUUUUUUCUCAUUUUUUCCCCUCCUAAACACUACACUAGCUCUGUUUUUUUUUUUUUUUAAAUGGUUGUUUUACUUGGUCUUGUUGGUCACUAUAACCCCCUACCCUCACUCCUUAAUACAACCAUUGUUGAUUCUAGACCAGCACAGUGUUUCUGCUUUUCUGGAACUGGUUUUCCUUUUCAAGAGCCACUCCUUUGGCUUUCAAAGAACAAACAUCUGGUGCUGAGAUUAGGCACCAGCUCUGAUCUGACCCUUGAACUGUUUUGGUGGAGGAAAAAAAGGGGGUUAAGGUGAUUGUUAUUCUGUAAGUUAAUUAAGUGAUUGUCUGUCUGAGAAGGGAAAACCACUGCCACUCUCCUAGAAUACAUGCUUACACCCUGAGACGAGGCAAAAAUCUGUCGACAGCAUGAAUGAAGGAUUUCUGUUCUGACAAAUCACAAUCCAGAUUUCUCCAGGUCAGGAUAUGAGUCUGAUUGUUGACACAGAGGACUUUUCGGUAUUUUAACAUGGCAGUGAUUCUGUUCAGUUUUUGUUUUCAACUGUGUGUUUGCUGAGACACUGGAAGUGUUCACACUUUUUUUCCAUGUUUCAGAUAGAAGGAUUACAAGCUCCACUGAGAGCUGAUUAAACUUUACCAGCCGUGGUCUUACAAACCACCGUCAAAGCCCAUGAAACACGCUACAGUCAAAGAGGAAAUAAGGCCAUAUCACUCAGUGGCAGUUUCUCAGUGGGGUUUCCCAGCUGAAAUGACGGUAAAAUAAAUGUUUCCCACAGAGUUUUCAUUUCGGGGAUAACAAGGUUUUUCCUACAGUACAAAACAUGGGGAGUUGAGUUCUGGCCGUCGCAAGAGGCUCAUUAGUUCGCCACCAAAUGGAUGUAACAGCAGAAGAUGAGCAUGAAUGCCCUUUUUCUGAUUUAAAAAAAAAAAAUAGGAGGAAUACUUUAUUUAUACCCAAUGGAAAUUUGUAAGACCCACAGCUGUAUGGAUUAACCGUUUCUGCUGGAGUCUGGGAAUGAGGCGGCUGAUACAUUCAAGACUUGAUUAACACAGUCAUGUAAGACCGAAGAAAUGUAUUAAACAAAACACUGUAAAAUAAAUCACAAGGCUGGUCACAUAUUACAUACAACCCCAUGUGUGGUGUGUGAGUCGACGCCACCAUCAAGUUUUUUCAGAGCUCCUCCUGUCUUCAAUCAGACACAUCCCCUCAAGAUCGUUUGUUUGGAGGUUUUCACAUAACAGCUCAGCCUCAGAGAAAUAAUAAGUAAUCAGCAAAAUGAAUAUGUGACGCCUACGGUGAUUAAUCUAUUUUUUAUUUAUUCAGAUUUUUUCACAUUUCAAUUAGCACCCUUUAGCAAAUUUCACUUCAGUGCCCUUCAGAGUCAGAUGCUGAUGUUUGGGAAACCCUGGAAGAAAAAGUCUCCAUUAAGAAAACAUUUGGUUUAAUUUGUGUCUUUUUUUUUUUUCUCUUCCAUGUUCAUUAUUAAGAUUCAGUUCUUGAUUAAAAACCACAUCAACACGUGAUUUUAGAUGUUAAUGUGCUGUACACAGCUCUAACGUGGCGAGUGUUUACCUGACGACAUGACUCACUGCCUUCUGAAAUGGUUAAACAUGAAACACAGAUAUUUAAGCUGUUUCGUUGCAGAUAUGAAUGGAUGAUGAAUCUGCACAAUUAGAGUCUUUCACGUGCCUCUUAAUGCCUAUUAGCAUUUCAAGGCAUGUAAAUGUUUGUUUAGCAGUUAUAUGUUGAAUGGUUUUGUUAUUUAAUCAGAAAAAUGUGUUGUUUUUUUUGUGUUUAUUUUUGUCCCAGAUGUGUAAUUUUUCUGCCAACAUGCAAAAACAAUAUUGAUCCCUCUCAUCGGUGACCGUACCUGUCCAGCAGUUCUCAGAGUUCAGUAUUUGGUUAAUUAUAUAUUUUUUUCUAACCACAUGAGGGCCAUGUUGGGGUUGACGGUGGUGUGUGCUUGGGGUGAUAUAAUAAUGUGCCAUUUAGAGUGCUAAGUUUAUUUUUUAACAUUUUCAGAGGUUUUAUUUAACGCUACAGGAGCCUUUGUGUUAUGAUGACGAACUCAAACUUCUCAACUCCAGACAUUUUUAUUACCUGUAUUUCUGUGGGUUGGCUGAAAUAAACCCAAAGAUUGUCCAUAUGUCUGGAAAACUUCAAAGAUGUCAUCUAUUAUGUCCAUCCCACAGAAUGAAUGCUGUUGGAUUAAAAGUCUCCUGUCUACAUUAA